CAACCCAAAAUCGGCGGCAGAUUCUCAAAAGAGGUGGUUAAUCUUCUCAAGAGGUGGAUAGCCGCAAAUAAACACCAUCCGUAUCCCACAGACGCCGAUAUGGACAUGCUUCAGUACCAAACCGGCCUGAACAAGGGACAAAUAGUGAAUUGGUUCGCCAACGCUCGGCGUCGAGGGACCGCAAAUAAAGUACCCUCAUUCUCUCUGGAUAGGCAAGAGACUGUACAGCAAAUGGAGAUUCCGAUUCCGAGACCUGGCACGCCUGCGUUCAGGUCUGAUUCGCAAUCGCUGAAUCCCCUGGAAAGAUGGGUCGAAUCACCACCAGAGAAUGAGCCGGCUUCAGCUUCUGACAUCGCCCGGGCAGUUGCAUCGAGCCCGCCGGAUGACCACUCCCAGGAAGGUUCCAGUCUCGGGAGCUACCGUGAGCUGUGGAAUUUGUCUUCCCAAAGACAGUACUCCAGAUCAUCGGCAAGAUCGUCGGCAAGUAGCGGAGUUACGUCUCGCUCGAGUCGCGCUUCAGAUAGUUCGGUUCACUCUCACACAUCGUCUCAACGAUCACACAUUGGUGCAUCGAUGACGCAUAGAAGACGUGUUCGAAAACCCCGGCAGACUGGGAAGAGGCCCAUGUCAAAAGCUUGGAUGCAGUAUCAAUGUACAUUCUGCACACAGACGUUCAAGACGAAGUACGACUGGCAAAGGCACGAAAAGACUCUUCACCUUCCCAUUGAACGGUGGCUCUGCUCGCCUCAAGGGCCCCGAACCGUGAGCCUUGUACAACCCCCAUCGCAGCUCUGCGUCUUCUGUGGCCAGGCUGAGCCAAAUGACGCUCACAUCGAGUCUCAUAAUUACAACAUAUGCCACGCCCGUGCACCGGAAGAACGUAUGUUCAGUCGCAAAGACCACAUCAAGCAGCACCUCAUCUUAGUCCACAAUGUCCCCUUCAACGAGUCCGCAAUGGCGUCAUGGAAAGCACCUACUCCAGACAUCCCGUCCCGGUGCGGAUUUUGCAACGCCGCGCUGCACACAUGGACGGACCGUGUCGACCACCUAGCCGACCACUUUAAGUGCGGCAAGACGAUGGGAGACUGGACCGGAGAUUGGGGAUUCCCGCCAGAUAUUCAGAAGCUGGUUGAGAAUGCGAUACCACCUUACCUCAUCGAUACGGAGCGAAGCACUCCGGCACCCUUCACGGCGGGUACUCAUGCACCGUACUGUGCUCCUAAUAGUACUUACGAACUCCUGAAGUCAGAGCUGGAUUCCUACAUGCGGAAUCAUUUCGAACAGACGGGCAACAUGCCAUCGAACGACGAAUUGCAAUUGGAAGCACGUCGAGUCAUACUCGCAGUCGAGCCGUGGUCGGAUUCCAGCUUCUCACCAUCUCCCCCUUCAUGGUUACGUGACCUUAUAUUCGCCUCGAACGCAGAAAUGAUAGCAGCACAAGCAAACUUCAGUCCCGUGGACCUCGAACCGGAAUCGCAUCUCAUACCCGCAACCUUCAGUGGUAAAAAUCUCGACAGACCCCUCUUUGAUGCCUGCCCACUCGAAGCCGAACUCGCCCUCUUCGUCCGGGGUGGAACCACAUUGGGCACCACUGAUGCCAUCGCCAUCAUCCCAGACAGACAGCUUCAAGAAGCUGCCCUCCGCAUCAUCGAACGCCUCGAACUCAUGUCUCCAACGCCAUCCGACACCUUCGCAAACUGGCUCGUCAAACUCAUCUUCUCGAACACAGACUGGCUCUCUUCGUUCCGCCAACGCAUCGGCCUCGAUACCUCACUCCUCGCACCCAUAACUGUCACCCCUAUCCAUCCUCUUCCCCUUCAUGCUCAAUCGAACCUCCCACCCCUUUCAUCACCAUCAUCGACCGUACCACCACCAGCAACACAAAACAUCCACAUCCCAAACUUCUACCGCCACUUCGUCCUCGCCCUCCUAAACUGGACCACUUCCAUGAUGACGUCCCCUCCUUCUACGUCGCCGUCUUCUUCAAACCCACCAAUACUUCCGCACAUCCCAACAGAUGAAGAGAUACAGAGCCAAGCGCGAUUGAUACUGUACGGCGAUGACGAUCCGUGGAACACGAGUGCCGCGGACAACGAGGAGUGGUUGCAGAGAUUCAAGAGGGAUGCUGGAAUACUG